AUGUGGUCCGCCACCCGCGCCCAGUUCCUCAACCGACCUUCACCUCCGGCGCUGACCGGCGACUUGGCUUUCCGGAUCGCGAUCCCGAUCGAUUCCCUCAAGGGCCCCCACAAGGCCGAGCUCGAGGCCUUUAUCGAAUCCGAAACGGUUCACUUUUGGAUCGGUCCGCAGUCCCACGGCGUCUCCUACACCGUGAAGCAGGGCCGCAUGCUCAACCUGGGCCUGCUAUCCCCGGACAACCUCCCCGAGGGCUCGACAAAGGUCCUCGGCGACGUCGAGGAGAUGCGCUCCCUCUUCUCCAGCUGGGACCCCCUCCUCCGAAAGCUCCUAGACCAGGUCGAGAGCGUCCACAAGUGGAAGCUCUGCUGGAUCGAGCCCCUCGACCAGUGGGCCAGCGCCGACGGGUCCUUCUUCAUGGCCGGAGAUUGCUGCCACCCGAUGCUGCCCUAUCUCGCACAGGGCGCAAACUCCUCCCUGGAAGACGGUGCCGUGCUGGGCUACCUCCUCGGGAAAGUCGGUGGGCGUACGACAAAGGCCGCGCAGCUCCCCGCGGCCGCGGCCAUGUAUCAGCGCCUGCGGAUGGGUCGCGGGCAGCGCAUCGUCAUGGAGUCGUUCCGGCAGCGCGACGACUUCCAUAUGCCCGACGGCCCCGAGCAGGAGCGCCGCGACGAGGUUAUGGCCGCGUCGUUGCAACCGGGAGGGGAGCCGCAACCUGGGUUCCCGUCGCGGUGGACGUGUCCCGAGAUCCAGGGGUUUCUGUACUCGUAUGACGCAUACGCAGAGGCGGAGAAGGCGUACAAUCAGGACCCGUAUUAG